AGAAGGGGCGGGGCCGCGCACCUCCCCUUUAAGGAGGCUGCUGGUGAAGUCACCGCUGCUUUGCCCGCUCCGGGAAGCGCCGAGGAUCGCCCAGCCGGCGGCAGCGACGACGAAGCAGCAGCAGCAGCAGCGACAGUCGGCUGGCUCUUGCCGCCCGCGAGGCACCUGCUGCCCUUCGAGGACUUAAAUAGGCGGCCUCCUCCGGCAGCCACAGGCGGCUGUGGGGAGCUCGGCCGCGUCCCUCUCCAGCCGCGGGGUCUUUGGAGCCCGGGGAAGAUCCCGCUGUCCCUGCUGAGUCGCGGCGCUCUUGGCUCACACCCCUUCCAUCCCCGGCCGAGAUGCCUUCGGACCGGCCUUUCAAGCAGCGGCGGAGCUUCUCGGAUCGUUGUAAAGAAGUACAGCAGAUCCGAGAACAACAUCCAAACAAAAUUCCAGUCAUUAUUGAAAGAUACAAGGGGGAGAAGCAGCUGCCUGUGCUGGAUAAGACCAAAUUCCUAGUCCCUGACCAUGUCAACAUGAGUGAAUUGGUAAAAAUAAUCCGUCGCCGGCUGCAGCUGAAUCCCACCCAGGCCUUCUUCCUGUUGGUGAACCAGCACAGCAUGGUGAGCGUUUCCACCCCUAUCUCUGAGAUCUAUGAGCAAGAGAAGGACGAAGACGGCUUCCUCUACAUGGUCUACGCCUCGCAGGAGACCUUUGGCUACUGAGCGCCUGUCCGCACCAGAGGACUGACUCCACAAACUGUUGCGUCGACAUCCCUGCCUCCCCAACACUCCCCCUGCCCCCCCCCUUGGCACACCAGUGCAGACAGAGGCCUGUGGCUCGGGAGCAGCACAAAAAGCAACUGGUGUGCCUCCACCUUUGCAGUGCAACAGACCAAGCUAGUUCCGUGUGUGUAUGAUUGCGUGACCCACAAGUCUCUACUUCCUUGCCCUUGACCCCCCGUGUGGAACACUGGUUGCGUCCCCCUUCCUUCCCCGCUGCGUGCGCUUUCUCUGUCUCCUUUUCUGUCUCUAUUGUCAUCAUGUCCUUUUUUCUUAGUCCAAUGCCAAAUUGAUGGAGCUUGUGGCAGGCGGAGGAAGCAAAACGCCACCGCUACAGCAAGGGGAGGGGCUUAUCCGCUGAACUUUUAUUAAAGGGCCAGAAAUCUGAAGGCAAACAAACAAAAACAAAUAACUACCACUGCUCUUGCGUUUUUAAUUACUUGCAUAUCAAUUCUUGGUGCUACAGAGUAGAUGUAGGCGUCUUCUACAGGACUGUGUAUAAUGUAUAUCUCUUAGAUUUAUUUUAUUUUGUAAGCACGACGGGGGAAUAUAAUUUGCUUGUAUUAUGUAGAUUUUGAAAAACAAACAAACCAAGCCCAAGCUUCUUUGCACUUUAAAACGUAGUAGAGGUGAGCGUGGAAUUAGCUUAAUUUUCACAGAUCUGCCGUACCCUGUGCUGUGUCUCUGUCGAUAUUUAUACUUGCCUUUUUAGGAUUGUUUUUGUUUCGUUUUUUUAAAGCCAUCCCCUCUCCUUUCUUGCAUGCACGAGUUUCUUUUCCUUUUUUUUCUAAUUUUCUUUGUCCCAUUGUGGCAAGCAGACCAUUCACUCAAGGAAUGUACUGAUUUAUAUUGCUUUUUUCCUCUCUUUUUUUAAAUUUAUGAUACCAAAAACGUGUGUGUAUGACAGGAAAAACUCCCCACCCAGUUGAAUCUAUACAAAUAACUAUAUAAAUAAAGAUAAGUUAAAAUUG